AUGAACAUCUCAACAGUUAACCGUGUGUUUGAAAAUGAUACUUGGGCGUCGACAGCUGCGUCGAUGGGCAGCGCUGUUUCCAAAGCAGAAGGAAUCGUGUUCUGUGUUUGCUUUGCCCUAAUACUCAUCUCCAUCGUCCUGGGAAAUCUCCUUACAAUUAUCCUUUUUGUAGCCAAGAAAAGACUUAGGAAGAAAAGUCUCUUUCUGGUCGUCAAUAUGGCGUUUGCUGACUUGAUGUUAGGAGCGGUGUCCUUACCAAUUUACAUCUACUUACUAGGAAAAGAGCAUCAUUUAUGGAAAGCGCAGUGGAGUACUUCUUCGGAGAGGUUUUACCGAUUUUUUGACGACCUCUUCAUGCAGUUAUCUCUAAUUUCGGCGGCCAUGAUAUCGGGUGAGAGAUUUUACGCCACAUAUCACCCAUUCAAGCAUCGAACACUAUCACAGCUAGCAUAUCGUGCGUUAAUUUGUCUAACGUGGAUUCUUGCCUCGAUAAUUUCUGCGAUACUCUUUGCACUGUUCGAGACUACUUCGUACAGAGGAUUCUUGUAUUUUUGGUUGCCCUACACUGUAAUUAUGACCUGCUCAAUAUGUGGAUGGAACAUCGCUAUUUGGAGAAAGGUUCAAAGAGGAUAUACCGCUUUAAAACAGCCAAACAGAGUCAAUCAAAGCAAACGCCUAACUAAAACUUUGCUUCUUGUGUCUUUUAUUGCUCUGUUAUCUUGGCUCCCGCUAAUUGCUAUGAACGCGUUCAUCUUCGUCCGUCCCUCGCUAGUAAGUGGACGGUUUUACUACUUAGCGAAUAUGUUAAAUUUUUCCAACUCUUUUGUGAAUCCACUUUUAUACGCUUUACGAAUUCCUGACUUUAAAGACGCUCUAUUCUUGUACUGUUACAGAAAAAACCAAACACUUAACUCGUCUGCAAGUGAG